AUGGUAUAUAGGGGUCAGUUAGGGAGAUUUGUUGGUAGUGGAUCGAGUCAGCCUACUACCAGCUCCACAGAGGCAUGGUUAGUGCAGGAACCGAUGUCGGGUGGUCUUGAGGAUGGGACUGUUAUCCCUAGUUUUGGUGGUCACGUGGCACGAUAUAUCUGGAUCGAGCAUGAGCGUAGUGUUUUGUGCUGUUUGAGUAGGUCAAAGUUGUGUUCUGACUUGGUUAUGUGGCGAGGUCGUCAAUCAGUGGAGAACCUCGAGGUGAUUCAUGGUAGUUGGUUGUCUCACUUGCCCGGGCUGAUGUUUAAAAGACUUAAUUGGCCGUUGAUUUCUGCUUUUGUUGAGAGAUGGCAGCCAGAUACAAACACCUUUCAUAUGCCAUUUGGGGAGAUUAUGAUCUUGUUGCAUGACGUGUACAAUAUACUUUGGUUACGUGUCGAAGGCAAUAUGGUCACCACUACUCUUAGCACGAACGUGUUACGGGAAGCUUGCUCGAUCACCAUGGAUAUGACUCCAGAUGAUUUGUCUGAGAUUUGCGGCACAAAGACGAUUUGGCAGGGUAGUGGGGUGUUGAGUGAUAAGAUUUUUGAGUCGACAUUGGAGGUUGAGCGGGAGUUUAGUGAUCAGCUUACUGGAUACUUGUGGUUAGUUCUUGGAGGUACACUGUUUGUAGACAAGACUGGUAACCGUACGCAUCCUUCCUUCCUCCACGAGCUAUGUUAUAUGGAUGUCCCUAUUAACGAGUAUGCUUGGGGAACAGCUGCACUAGCUUACUUUUAUCGGCAAUUGGGCACGGCAUCACGGAACGGUGCUAAUUCGAUUGCUGGUUGUCUCACGCUUCUGCAAGCGCGGAUUUACGAAGUGGUGCGACAACUUGGUUUCGUGCAAGGUAUUCCCCAUGAGAUAAUCAGGCCAGAGAAGGCCAAGAGGCGGACUAACUUGAAGAUGUACCGGGUAGACUUCCCGACCGAGAUGACAGAUGUGAUGUGGAAGAGGCUAAGUGCUGCAGCUCCUUCGGUUGCGCCUGGUUACAUGCAGUGGCUGUAUAGGAUUUCUCACCUGCGGGUAUCUCCAGGUGCAGGAGUUACAAGCAACCUACAUGAGCAGACUAACACUGAUUAUUGGAUGGAUCGGUCCAUGGAGAUUCACCACAGAGCACUGGCUGAGUAUCCUCACAUGUCGAGUGAGACUCGGACAAUGACUGAGCAGCUUGUAUUCGAUUGGAAGUAA